CAUUCGAGGACAAAAAGGAAAAAAGAAAAGAAAAAACAUGUCAUUGCAAAAUACUUUCGCCCUUCAGUCCAAGUACAACGACAAAUACUUGUGCUACAUCGACAAUGAAGACCCACAACUCCAUGGCUUCCUCAAAUUCUCCGAAGAUGAGUUCUCAACUCAUUCAAAAUUCCACAAAGAGCCAGCCAGCACAGCUGAUGAGUUCAUCAACAUAAGAUCGGUCUACAGCAACAAGUAUUGGGUGAGCCGAUACGAGAACGACGAGCACUGGAUCGUGGCCGAAGCCAACGAGCCAAAUGAAGACCAAUCGAGCUCGUCGUGCACACUCUUCCAAGCCAUCCCUGUGGACGAUGGGAGCGCCAUAAGACUUCUCCAUGUGCACCUCAACAAGUACGUUUGUUUAUCCAAGGAUUCCUCCCAAUUCCCUCUUUGCAUCUUUGCAGGAUCCGUCGAUCCCGAUCCCGAUCGCAUCGACGUGUUCGUGGUCAAGAAUAUCAUCCCCCCGAAACAAUCAGGGCCAUCGAGGCUUGCAUUCAAGGGCGACAAUGAAAAAUACCUCAAGGUGGAAGUGAUUGAUGGAAAGCCACAUCUGAAGUUCUCAGCUAAAGACACUGAUGAAGCAGAAGUGUGGUUCAAAUGCCCCAACAUCGCCAAGAAGAAUGAUACAAGUGGUCAUAUUCAAUCAAAUUUUAACAAUGAAUUUUGGAGGCAACAUCUAUUGCCAGCGAUUUGUAGAUCAUGAAGGUAAGUCUAGUAAGAUGGAUUGCCUCAUUGCAAAUACUGUUGAGAAUACCCCACAAGCAAAGCUACACGUGGAGGUACGGAAACGUUAAUAAACCUCCACGUGGGAUGAAUAAAGGAAAAUACCUGGGUGUUGACUGAGAAAA